AUGAUUGAACUUGUUAAUAGUCCACCUAAGAUGUCCACAUUCACUCCAACAGAUAAAAGUCUCUAUGAAGUUUUAUUUUCUCUCUCUUAUAAAGAAAAGGUUUCAUCGUCACCAGUGAAUCAAAAGAAACCACGGACAUCUAAAAAGAAUGUCCGAAAGACUAAAAAACGGUGGGACAACAAAUUGAAAGCAGAGGCAGUCAAAAAAGCUGAUGAACUUGGGUUGACUCACGCAACUAUCUUUUUACAAAAAAUGCAACCAGAACAUUUCGCCAAACUUUGCCCAAGUACUUUACAAUAUUGGGUCAGACAGUGUGAUCAUCAGAGAACAACUUUUGGAUUUCUGGACGCGUGA